GCCGCCGAAAUUUCUGUUCGGAGUAAUUUUUAUGUACUCACCGCAAACACAUGCCCACGGAAGCGGCCAUAUUCGCAACGUUACCGGCUGAUUUUGUUUCUUGUUGUCUAAAAGAACGUUCGAUUAAAAAAUAAAUUAAGAUGUCUCGGAGGAAACCUAUGGUGGAGCCAGAAAAAGAAUCGUUAACAAGGAUAGCCAUUGUUAGCAAUGACAAAUGUAAACCUAAGAAAUGUCGGCAAGAAUGCAAGAAGUUCUGUCCAGUUGUGCGCAUGGGAAAGCUUUGUAUUGAAGUGUGUGCAACUGACAAGAUUGCAUAUAUAUCAGAAGACUUAUGCAUUGGUUGUGGUAUAUGUUCAAAGAAAUGUCCUUUUGAGGCGAUAAGCAUCAUCAAUUUGCCGAGUAACUUGGCAAAAGAUACAACACAUAGAUACAGCGCCAACAGCUUUAAGUUGCAUAGACUGCCCACCCCUCGUCCUGGUGAAGUGCUUGGACUGGUUGGCACCAAUGGAAUUGGGAAGUCAACUGCACUGAAGAUCCUGGCUGGCAAACAGAAACCAAACCUAGGCAGGUUCAAUGACCCUCCAGACUGGACUGAGAUUUUGACGUAUUUCCGAGGCUCUGAGCUACAGAACUUCUUCACAAAGAUUCUAGAGGAUGACUUGAAGGCAAUCAUCAAACCUCAGUAUGUCGACCAAAUACCACGUGCUGUCAAGGGCUCAGUACAGCAGCUGCUUGACAAGAAGGAUGAGCUCAAGAACCAGGAUGAUGUCUGCACACAGCUCGACUUGAUGCAUGUGAAAGGUCGUGAUGUGGAGGAAUUAUCUGGUGGAGAGCUGCAGAGGUUUGCCUGCGCCAUGGUAUGCAUACAGAAGGCGGAUAUCUUCAUGUUUGACGAGCCUUCAAGCUACCUCGAUGUGAAACAGCGUCUGAAUGCUGCCAUUGCUAUACGCAACCUGAUUGCGGCGGAUAAGUACAUCAUUGUAGUUGAGCACGAUCUCUCUGUGCUGGACUACCUCUCAGACUUCAUCUGCUGUCUGUAUGGGGUGCCGGGAGCCUAUGGAGUUGUCACUAUGCCCUUUGGAGUCAGGGAAGGCAUCAACAUUUUUUUGGAUGGGUUUGUGCCAACAGAGAACCUGCGUUUCCGCGAAGUUUCUCUCACCUUCAAAGUAUCUGAGACGGCAUUGGAGGAAGAGAUAGAGAGGAUGUGUAGAUAUGAGUACCCCCUCAUGACCAAAAACCUAGUUGAGGUCAAACGUUCUGAUCACCAAAAACCAAGUUCAUUCAGUUUGACAGUGAAGCCAGGCCAGUUCACAGACUCUGAGAUUAUUGUCAUGCUGGGAGAGAACGGCACUGGAAAGACGACCUUCAUUCGUAUGUUGGCUGGAAAACUGGCCCCUGACUCGGGAGGUCAAUGCCCUAUCCUUAACGUGAGCUACAAGCCUCAGAAGAUCAGCCCCAAGUCUGAGGGCACUGUGCGACAGCUGCUACAUGACAGGAUCAGAGACGCCUAUGUCCACCCACAGUUCGUGGCUGACGUGAUGAGGCCCAUGUUGAUCGACAACAUCAUCGACCAGGAGGUACAAAACCUGUCUGGAGGAGAGCUGCAGCGUGUGGCGCUGACCCUGUGCCUUGGCAAGCCUGCUGACGUGUACCUGAUAGAUGAACCCUCCGCAUAUCUGGACUCAGAACAGCGUCUCCAUGCUGCAAAGGUCAUCAAGAGGUUCAUUCUUCAUGCCAAGAAGACAGCCUUCGUAGUGGAGCACGAUUUCAUCAUGGCCACCUACCUGGCAGACAGAGUGGUUGUGUUUGAAGGAUCACCUGGUGUCAACUCUACAGCCAACUCGCCCAUGACGCUGCUUCAUGGCAUGAACAUGUUCUUGGAGUCCUUGGACAUCACAUUCCGCCGUGAUCCUAAUAACUACAGACCACGCAUCAACAAGCUCAACUCUGUCAAGGAUACUGAGCAGAAAAAAAGUGGGAACUUUUUCUUCCUCGAAGACUAAGGCACCCCACGGGUGCCAUCAAAACCACUUGCUUUGGGGCCCAGCCUGCAGUAUGGGUUAGAGUGCUAUGUCAAGGUCAUUUUAACAAUCUCAAACAGGGCAAAGAAAUUCUUGGUUGUUUUUAACACUUCUAAACUGAAUACAAUCCAAACUAUACAUAGAGAAGACUAUUUGGAGAUUGUUAUGAAGGUAUACAAGAAGAAUCACAUGCAUCAAUAUACGGAUGACUACAUGAAUAAC